AUGGCGAUCCGUGACCACAGCACAGAGAUGAAGUCUCCACAGAAACAGGCGUUUGUGAAGAGGCUCCUGCAGUCCAGUGUGGUGGGAGAUGUCCCUUCCUGGCCACCAUACUUCCUCAGCUCCAUCCUCCCACUGCUCCCACACCUCCCAGUCAGCCAAUUUCAGCAGCUGACAUCAGACCAGUUACCAGUGUAUUAUACCAGAGAGACGAGGGCAUUGUUUUUCAACAGGCUGGGAGUUCUGGUUUGUUACCUGAAACCAGAGGAGCUGCGUCCGUUUCUGCUGGCUUCUCCUGUGUCCUCUGCUCUUUGGCAACAGCUAGCUCUCUGUGUGUCUGAGGGACUCAUCAGUGCUUCAGGCAGGCUGUCUCUCUGGCUGGUCCAGGCGGUGCGGCCUCUGAACGCCAGCACUCUACCUACUCCAGCACUGGCCACCCUCAGGGGCCUACUGCCCCAGCUAGGGGCUUCCUUCCUGCAGUCACUGCCCUCACUACAGCUCUUGGACCUGCUAACACAACCAGGUCUGCCCAGCUUCUCCCCAGCACAGGCUUUCCAGAUAUUAUCCAAAAUUUCACAAGACACAAAUCUCACCAUGGAUACACUGUGCAGGCUGAAGCCCUUACUGCCUGGCCUGUCCCCUGCUGUGCUCAGAGGCAUACACCGGUCUGAGAUCAGUGGAACCACUCACUGCCAAUGCUGGAGCACUCUACUGCCUGACCUGAAGCCUGCCCAUAGAGCCAUGCUCCACAGGGCACUGCAGGAGGCUUUGGCCAGCAACUCAAGGAACUUCACAGUGCAGCUCCAAUGUCUCCUGCCGUUUGUGCCCCUGAGGGAGCUGAUAGAGGUUCUGGAUGGAGAGACAUUGCUGAGAGAUAUGAGCCUGUACAGAGACCUGCCCUGGUCCCCCCAACAGGCUCAGCUCCUUUUCAAGAGGACCCAUCAAUCUGAAAUCAUUACCAGAGACACUGUAGAGGACUUGGGUCAUAUUGCUGGUGGAAUGAGCUGUGAUUGGCUAAAGCUUUGGACCAAUGAAACUGAUUUUUCAGAGUUGCUUCAGUUUGUCAGUGAGUUGCCAGGAGGGGUGAGACCAGCUCUGAGGAAAUGCGUUGUAGAGGAGCUGAGGAAAAGACCAGAGGAAGACCUGGAUGGUAUAAGCCCCUGGUUUGCUGCAGAAUUACCGGUGAACCUGAUUGAGAGCCUGUCUAAUACUUCACUGACAGCCGUCCUGGCUCACAUUCAGCUGCACUUUGUGGACUUCCUCAAGCUGCCCCGUCAUAAGCAGAUGGCCUUAGCAGAAAAGGCCAUCACUGUGCUGGGCAACUCUCAGGGCCUGGCCGAGGGGGAGCUCAGGGGGGCCUCUAUGGACCUCCUGGGGCCCCUGUUGCCCUUCCUGGACAGGGACACCCUGGGGCUGGUGGACAGAUGGGCCCUGGGGCUGCGGCUGGAUGAGCUGAGGGGGUACUGCCUGCCCUGGGACAUCCUGAAGGACAUGGCUGCUCUGCUUACUGGGAGAGACCUGCUGGGAGAGGCAUCGGCCUGGACGGUUGGGGAUGUGGAGCUUGUUGGCAGACUGUUAUUUACUCUCUCUCCAAAACAGAUCAACUCCAUCCCACUGGUGGUGCUGAGUGCAGACACGGUGGAGGAGGUUCUGGCAGGUCAGUGGCGCUGGGAGAACAGUGAUGUGGGUCAGGUCUGUGCGUCCCAGUGUGUGGACCAGCAUGGCCAGAGAGAGAGGAUCCACAGCCUCAUACGAGGGGUCGUCAGAGCACAGAGCAGGAGGAGAAAAGUGCCAGUCCCAAGCUGUGGUGACAUAAGAGGCACCUUCCCCUCAGCAUGGACAGCCAAUCAGCUGAGCCGGAUGGCGGGGGAGGAGUUGAGGCAGUGCGCAGAGGUCAUAGGUCAGGACGCUUCACUGAGCCCUGACCGGCGCAGAGCACUGUGGGUAAAGCUCAGGCAGGCCUACAGUCCAGUUAGAGGCCUGAGGCCAGAGCAGGUCCUGGGGCUGGGCUGUCUGGUCACUGAGCUGGGGGAGAGGGAGCUCCAGGACACUAACCUGACUGACCUGGGUGUCCUGGCCUACCUGGGGGCUCUGACCGACUGGAGUCCAAAAAAGAUGAGAGCAGCAGUUGUUGGUGUGAUGCGGAAGCAGAAGUUGAAGGUGGAGCAGCUCGGAGCUGUAGAAGUGGCUGCUCUAGGACACCUGCUCUGUGGUUUCACACUGUCAGAGAUCAACAGACUGGACCCCUACAACCUCAGCAUGGCUACUCUGUUCCUGAGGGAGCUGGCCCUGCCGUGUUCAGAGCAGCAGAUGGAGGCUCUGACCGCCCGUCUCUCCAGUCCUCAGGCCUUUGGCCCCGUCAGUACCUGGGGCCCAGAGGUCUUCACUGAGAUCGGCACACUAGCAGCGGGUCUGGAGGACAUGGUUCUAUCUGCUCUGGUACAGGAGCAGGUGGAGGGGCUCAUACCCGAUGCUAUCGCCCUGAUUCCCCCCACAAAGAUGGCUGUGGUAUUCAGUGCGGUCCAGUUGUCGUGGCUGAAUGUGGAGCAGGCGUGGGUGGUCACAGAGAAGCAGUGGGCGGAGCUGAACAGUGGGCAGAGACAUGCCUUGGGCCUGGCACAGUAUGAGGGGGAUGUCCUGUUAGAGCACAGAGGGAGGAAUGUGGCCCCGGCAACACGGUCAGCUGACAGCCUCACUGUGUGCUUAUUGUCUCUAUGCUGUAUGUUAUGGCAACUAUCGUACAACACACAGUAACCCAUUUGUAUUUAUUUGUUCUUUGACCUUUUAUUGAAUUGUAACAUUUGUACUUAAAAAUAAACCAAACAUUUUGAA